AUGUCCACCACUCACCACCACCAAGAGCAGCAGCAGCAGCAGCAGCCGCCAACCCAGCCUCAUGCUGCCCCGGGCUCUACCGUCGCCUACAAGCGCGCCAGUCGCAAGGGCGCACCUCGGCGGUAUGGCUGUCGCUUUCCCGGCUGCGACAAGGUGUACUCGCGCCAGGAGCAUCUUCAGCGACACCAGUUGAAUCACAACCCAAAAGAAAUCUUUGCCUGCGACGUCGACGGUUGCGGUCAGCGUUUUGUCCGCGCCGACCUGCUGACCCGCCACAAGAAACGCCACUCCGGCUCCUACACCCCGCGCAACCGGAUACAAAGCUUCACCGAGCCAGAACAUGCCAUCUACUCGUCGGGCUCUGUUGCUGUGGGCAUCCUGUCGCCGCCCAUCGGACUGCACGGUCACGGGGGCAGCCACAUGGACGAUUCACCACAAGGCGGGCGCACAGCUACAAACAGCGCAUCAGCAGGAGCAGGCGUGAACAGCAGCAGCAGCAGUGGCCACGCUGGUGGCCAUGUAAACCAUCCACAUGCCGGUGGAGGAGGCACCGGCACCGGCACCGGCACCAGCAACACGCGCCUACCAUCGUUGCCAUCCUUUCCACCACACAGCGUGCCUCGCGACGCCGCCAUCUUACUUUCACCCGAGUCGACCCCGGUCAUACCCGUUACUACAUCAAUACCGGUAACAGCAUCGCAUGUCGGCAUGCCUGGUCUGCCCGGUCACAGGAGUGGCCUUCCUCCGACAGCACCACCACCUCCGGCACCUGUGCAACUUCAGGCCGUGUCAACUGCUUGGUCGUCACCAGCACCCUUGACCACGAACAUGGGUGGCGACUUUAUGCAAACUGACAAAACAGUGAGCUACUAUCGGUCGCAAACAGCCCCCCAGCAUCAGCAGGAAGAGCAGCAGCAGCAGCAACAACAUCACCACCUCCAACAACCACCACCACCACCACCACAACAACAACAACAACAACUCCAGACGCAACCGUUCCAUCAUCCUCCGCCACAACCUCAACAUCCACAGUCCUACCACCACCAACCUCAUACCCGCGACGACCCACAUGCCCACGCCAUCGCGGAAGCGGCACCUGCUAUACUGACGUUUGCCACGGCCCCCUACGCCGAUCAAUACUUGGAGACCCAGAACUUUGCAGACUGGCUGUUCGACGGGCGUGAAACGACGCUCAGCGACUUUAACGUCUCUCAUCUCCCCUUUUUAGACGACGGUCUGGAGUCCGCCUUCAACAACAACAUUGCCUACGACUACGAGUCCCUGACAAGCCGGUCGCACAUUGACACGCCGCCACGCCAGCUCGAGACCAGCGACGAAGUCGUCGGCGACCUCCGCCGCCAAGAGAUUGUGCGCUUCUUCAAGGCGUGUCGUCUACAGCAGCCACAGUUCGAGGUGCGCAUCCCUACACUCGGACAGGCCCUGGGCGACGACAUUCCCGCGCUCAGCGCCGACAUGAUCCACGACACCCUCUACGAGUUCUGGGAGAACGUGUCGCCGCGUGUCCCUGUCAUCCAUCAGCCCACGUUCUCGUGCAAUCGGUGUCCGCUGCUGUUGUUGGCCGUCAUGCUCGCCCUGGGCGCCGCCUCGCGCUACGAUCGUGACCAGUCUGGCAGCCUAGUCGAUCUGGGCGGCUUUGCCGACAUUAUCAUUACAAGCGCGCGCUUUGAGAUUUUGACCUGCGACGAGGCCACGCCGCCCGUCAGUCUGUGGGUGGCGCAGGCGCUGCUGCUGGUCGAGUUUUAUGAAAAGAUGCUCUCGACACGCGGCCUGCACGAGCGGUCCCAAGUCUACCACUCGGUUACGCUCACCCUGCUGCGCCGUGGCAGCCCGCUCAUCGGUCGUUCGGGGAGCGAGUCGCCGCCAGACGAGUCGCAACUGCCGUCGUUGACGGCCACCUCGCCGCCCUCAUCCCUGCCACCGCAUCCCCAUUCGCCGCCGACACCACUGUCCACACAUCAACCUUUGGGCCGGCCACAUCAUCACGCGCACCCCCAGCGCCUGCACCACCAGCACCACAGCCAUCGUAGCCAUCGUAGCCACCGUAGCCACUUCCAUCACCAGCGUGACGGCCAAGCCACGACCGCAGCCGACCUGCAGGCCUGGUGGAACCGGUGGGCCGAGACCGAGGCCAUGCACCGGGUCGUCUUUGUGACGUUCUGUCUCGACAUUGCCCAUGCUGCCAUGUUUGGCCACAUGGCCGACAUGGCGCCGCAUGAGAUCCGCCUCCCGCUGCCGUGCGACGACAACCUCUGGACGGCCGCCAAACCCGAGGACGUGCGGAAGCUCGACAACGACCUGCGCAUGUACGGCGUGCACCCCAUUACGUUUUUGGACGGCCUCAAACGGGCGGUGCACGGCAUGGAGGUCAAGACACACAGUUUUGGUCGCAUGAUCAUCAUGUCCGGCCUGCUGAGCGUCGGCUGGCACCUGCGGCACCGCGAGACGCACCUCAAGUGGCUGGACCUGUCGACGGCGACGACGGCCGCGUCGGCGGUGGCCUCGACCGAGACGACACAGACGCAGCAGGAUGCGUGGCGCAAGACGCUGCUGAUGGCCUUUGACGGAUGGAAGGCGAGCUUUGAUCACGUGCAGGAUGCGGCGGUGGACGGUCUGGCCACGGCCACAUUGACAAUCGCUGCGAGCGGGGCCGCCACGACCAUGACUACGACCACGGCCACGACCACUGGUUCCCUGUCGUCCUCGGCUUCGUCGUCGUCCUCGCCUUCGCCGACCAUCCGUCGCAGCGGGUCCAACGGCCCCAUUGAAAGCGCCGCCGUCCUCUACCAUCUCGCACACCUCUGCCUGCACGUCGACAUUGUCGAUUGCCAGGUGUAUGCGGGCGCCAAGCGCCUGCUGUCCCGCAAAGUGUCGAGCCGCGACUACACAAACGUCGUGUCCCGCAUGAAGGCGUGGGCCAAGCAGGCAUCGACGCGCCAUGCCAUUCUGCACGCGUUCCGCCUGCUGUACCGCGUGCUGGUGGACCCGCGCGGCCGGGGUGCGGAAGGCGGCGUUGGCGGUGUGCGCACGUCCUCGGACGUCUACGACAUCUACUCCAUCAAGACCGAGGCAGACCCCCACCGCCCCUGGAUCAUGUACUAUGCCGCCCUCAGCAUCUGGUCGUUUGUCCGCGCGGUCGGGCAGACCUGGUCUUCGUCGUCUGCUUCUUCCUCGUCUUCGUCGUACGUCGGCCGGCCACGGCCCAGCCACCACGCGCCUCUGAGCCCUCCCUACCAGCGCGUGGUCGCCUACCUGGCGCGCGUGGCCGAGCGGUACGAGCUGGACGAGGCGGCGACGGCUCCCGGUCCCGGCAGUGGCGGGACCGAUUUUGCCAAUCUGGCGGACCUGGCAGACGGUCUGCCUGAUUUGUUGGAUUACCUGCAGGGCGUCUUUGCCGAGGCGCACUCGGAGCUGCUGCAAGAAGCACAGGUACGGCUGCAGAUGUGCCGAGAGAUUAUGGCGGGGACCGACAGCGGCAUGGAGAAGAUGUAA